AUGAAAUUGGAGAUAAUAACACAAGCUAUCAUGGAAUCAAUGCUUGUUUAUUCUAAAGAAUCAUCGUUGUCAGCCAGUAUUAAACAAGAAAUAUCCUGCCAUUUUGGAGGGAAAAAAAUGCCCAAAACUCAUUUUUGA